AUGAGUGCAUCCAAGUUCAUUAAAUGUGUCACUGUUGGUGAUGGUGCUGUUGGAAAAACUUGCAUGCUCAUUUGCUACACCAGCAACAAAUUCCCAACCGAUUAUGUACCAACAGUUUUUGAUAAUUUUAGUGCUAAUGUAGCUGUGGAUGGAAGCAUUGUGAAUUUGGGGCUAUGGGACACUGCAGGACAAGAAGACUAUAGUAGGUUGAGGCCAUUGAGCUAUAGAGGAGCAGAUAUAUUUGUGUUAGCAUUUUCAUUGAUUAGUAGAGCUAGCUAUGAGAAUGUUCUUAAGAAGUGGAUGCCAGAACUACGAAGAUUUGCCCCAAAUGUUCCUAUUGUUCUUGUUGGUACAAAGUUAGAUCUUCGCGAAGAUCGGGGAUAUUUAGCUGCUCACAUGGGAUCCAAUGUUAUAUCAUCUGCUGAGGGAGAAGAACUAAGAAAACAAAUUGGCGCUGCAGCGUACAUUGAGUGCAGCUCGAAGACACAACAGAAUGUGAAAGCAGUUUUUGAUACUGCGAUUAAGGUUGUUCUUCAACCUCCAAGGAGGAAAGAAAUGCCGAGGAAGAAAAGGCAAAGAAGAUCCGGUUGCUCAUUUGUAGGUAUUGUUUGUGGAGGAUGUGCUGCUUAA